AUGGCCCCCCCCAAGGACAUCAUGACCAACUCGCACGCCAAGUCCAUCCUCAACGCCAUGAACGCCCUGCGGAAGAGCAACACGCUCUGCGACGUCACCCUCCGUGUGGAGCACAAGGACUUCCCAGCCCACCGCAUCGUCCUGGCCGCCUGCAGCGACUACUUCUGCGCCAUGUUCACCAGCGAGCUCUCAGAGAAAGAUAAACCCUAUGUAGAUAUCCAGGGACUGACAGCCUCCACCAUGGAAAUCCUGCUAGACUUUGUAUAUACAGAAACUGUUCAUGUGACAGUAGAAAACGUCCAAGAAUUGCUCCCAGCGGCAUGUCUGCUUCAGCUGAAAGGUGUGAAACAAGCUUGCUGUGAGUUUCUAGAAAGCCAGCUGGAUCCAUCAAAUUGUUUGGGCAUUCGGGAUUUUGCUGAGACACACAAUUGUGUUGAUCUAAUGCAAGCUGCAGAGGUCUUCAGCCAGAAACAUUUUCCAGAGGUGGUUCAGCAUGAAGAGUUUAUCCUCUUAAAUCAAGAAGAGGUUGAAAAGCUCAUCAAGUGUGAUGAAAUUCAGGUGGACUCUGAAGAGCCCGUGUUUGAGGCAGUUAUAAACUGGGUGAAGCACUCAAAAAAAGAACGGGAAGCAUCACUGCCAGAACUGCUGCAGUACGUGCGCAUGCCGCUUCUCACCCCCCGCUACAUCACCGACGUCAUUGACACCGAGCCUUUUAUACGAUGCAGUCUGCAGUGCAGAGACCUCGUAGAUGAAGCAAAGAAAUUUCAUCUUCGGCCCGAGCUCCGGAGUCAGAUGCAAGGACCCAGGACAAGAGCACGUCUAGGAGCUAAUGAAGUCCUGCUUGUGAUUGGCGGCUUUGGCAGUCAGCAGUCGCCUAUUGAUGUUGUGGAGAAAUACGACCCGAAGACUCAGGAGUGGAGUUUCUUGCCAAGCAUCACCCGUAAGAGACGCUAUGUUGCUACAGUGUCCCUGCAUGAUCGGAUCUAUGUGAUUGGGGGGUAUGAUGGUCGCUCUCGUCUCAGUUCAGUGGAGUGCUUGGAUUAUACAUCGGAUGAGGAUGGUAUCUGGUACUCCGUGGCUCCGAUGAACGUUCGGCGAGGCCUGGCAGGAGCCACGACCCUUGGAGAUAUGAUCUAUGUUUCCGGCGGGUUUGAUGGAAGCCGACGUCACACCAGUAUGGAACGAUACGACCCGAACAUCGAUCAGUGGAGUAUGCUGGGAGACAUGCAGACAGCACGGGAAGGAGCAGGGCUUGUUGUAGCUAAUGGAGUUAUCUACUGCCUCGGUGGCUAUGAUGGGCUGAACAUACUGAAUUCUGUAGAGAGGUAUGAUCCCCACACUGGACACUGGACAAAUGUCACCCCGAUGGCCACUAAGCGCUCAGGGGCUGGAGUGGCUUUGCUGAAUGACCACAUUUAUGUAGUCGGGGGGUUCGACGGGACGGCACAUCUCUCCUCUGUGGAAGCCUAUAAUAUUCGCACUGAUUCCUGGACAACUGUAACAAGCAUGACAACCCCCCGCUGCUAUGUGGGGGCCACCGUGCUGCGGGGAAGGCUGUAUGCAAUCGCUGGAUAUGAUGGCAACUCACUGCUGAGCAGCAUUGAGUGCUAUGAUCCCAUCAUUGACAACUGGGAAGUGGUAACCUCCCUGGGGAUGCAGCGCUGUGACGCUGGAGUCUGCGUCCUUCGGGAGAAGUGA